AUGAAUGACUUCAACAACAAUAAAGACAGCAAACUUGUCGAGCUACAAACGGCGCUCGACAAGCUCAAAAAGUCGCUCAGCAAAAAUUCUGCUUCUAUCAAGCCACUACAACAAGAGGUGCGAGAUGCUAUGGUCGAGGCAGAGCAAUGCGGCAGUGAUCUUGCAGCUGCUCAAGAGCAAUUCCAGGAUGCAGAAGUCAAUCUCAAGACACAACAGGAAGAGUUGAAGUCUUUGUUGACUGAGGGCCAAGCUGUCAAAGAUGCACACCACUACGCUCAAGCACAACUAGAUGAUGAGCGAAAGAAGCUGUCAGGCUACGAUACUGAGCUUGCGGAUCUCGAAGCAGCUUCGCGAUCAAAAUCUGCCUUGAUCACCGAGGAAGCUCUCGAGGCACAGAAGCUGGGUCAUCAGAUUGAGAACUUCUCAAAGCAACAGCAAGCGGCACGCCAAACACUACAAACCAUGGAGAAGGAACACGAAUGGAUAGCUGAUGAAGUCGACUCUUUCGGCCGAGCCAACACUCCUUACGACUUCAAUGGUAUGAACAUGGCCGAAAGCAAACGCUCGCUCGCAGGCUUGAGUGAGCGCUUCCAAGGCAUGAAGAAGAAGAUCAAUCCCAAGGUCAUGAACAUGAUUGACAGCGUGGAGAAGAAGGAAGCAUCCCUGAAGAACAUGAUGCGUACAGUCAUCCGCGACAAGAAGAAAAUCGAAGAGACCAUUGCUCAACUUGAUGAAUACAAAAAGGAAGCCCUUCACAAGACCUGGAGCAAGGUCAACGUCGACUUUGGCAACAUCUUCAACGAACUGCUCCCCGGCGGCAAUACAGCAAAACUCGACCCACCAGAGGACAGCGGCGAUAUAUCCAAAGGUCUCGAGGUCAAAGUCUGCCUGGGUAAAGUGUGGAAACAAUCCCUCACUGAGCUCUCUGGUGGCCAACGCUCCCUCAUCGCAUUGUCGCUUAUCCUGGCUUUGCUACAGUACUCGCCGGCACCCAUGUACAUUCUUGAUGAAGUCGAUGCUGCCUUGGAUCUAAGUCAUACACAAAAUAUUGGUCGUUUGAUCAAGACGAGGUUCAAGGGCAGUCAGUUCAUUGUCGUCAGUCUGAAGGACGGCAUGUUCCAGAACGCGAACAAGAUCUUCAAGACGAGGUUCUCAGAUGGCACAUCGGUGGUCCAGGUGCUCACGCCUGCGGACCUCAAGUAA